UAAUGCCCUGUGAAUUGGACUGCUCUUUCGAGUGCUUUCGAGAGUAAUCACAUAAAUUUUGGAGAAGUCAUGGCGAAACAUCGGGGAAAUUCGGAGAAACUUCCCGAAUAUCAGUGGUUUUGAAAUUUGUGGCAUGUAUCAAUAUUAUAGGAUAAUAAAAACUAUGAAAUAUGUUACUUUAAUAAUUCAAAUAAAAAAUGAAAUUGAAGUUAUGAGGUAUGACAACAGGCGCAUGCGCAGUGGAGCUGACGUGGCAGCUUACAUACCUUUCCACGAUUUCAACGACAAUAAUAAAAGAAAGAGAUUAAAAGAUUGCCAUGAUUAAUUGAAAUUAAUUUGUAAACUUAUAUUAUUAUAAUAAUUGUUGAUGUUAUGAUUAUAUCACUAACAUUAAUAACUGGUGAUGUGCUAUAAAUAAUAAUUUAUUUUAUGUUUUAUUUUGUAAAAAAUGAAUCCACAAUACAUCCAGCAACUCCAACAACAAAAGCAGCCAGGUCCACAAUAUGUUAACUCCUUCGGAGUUCCUUCAUGCGAUGGACCGCAACAAAAUAUAAAAGUUCCACAACAAUAUCCAACGCAGAAAUUGAUGUCAGGCCUAUCAUUACCACCACAAAAAUCUGGAAUAGUACCUAGACCAGCACCACCGAUUCUAACAGAAUCAUCUAAUGCAUUAAGUCAAAAUCCACCGAUCAUUCAACAACGACCACCUAUGGUUGGAGGUUCAAUGCCUAUUCAACAACCAGGACUAAUGCCACAACAGCAAGGUCGAAUACAAAAUCAUCAACCAGGAUAUCCAAUAAACUACCAACAGAAUCAACAACAACAACAACAACAACAACAAGAUUCAUAUAACUUGCAGAGAAGUCAGUACCAACUUGGUGCUAAUAUGCCUGGGACAUCAUCUGGUUACCCGGUAAAUCAACCAGGACGCCAAGCAAAUGGUCCUGAUUCAGAUAAAAUGCCUCUUCAACAACCAGGACAAAUUCUGCAACAGCCAGGUCGUAUACAAAAUUUUCAACAACCAGGAUAUCCGAUUAAUUAUACACCACAACCACUACAAGAUUUAUAUAAUAUACAGAGAAAUCAAUAUCAACAACCUGGUGUUAAUAUGCCAGGCACAACAUCCCCUGGUUAUCAGCCAAGUCAACAAGGGCAACAAGCAAAACGCCUCGAUCCAGAUACAAUGCCAAGUCCAAUACAAGUUAUGCAAGAUGAUCAAAAAACCCGUGGUGGCGAGUUUAUAACAAAUCAAAAAGGUCUUGUGCCACCAUUUGUAACAACAAAAUUUAUUGUUAAAGAUCAGGGUAAUGCAUCACCACGUUUUAUUAGAUCAACAAUAUAUGCUGUACCAACAACAAGUGAUAUUAUGAAACAAACUGGUGUACCAUUUGGUUUAAUAAUAAGUCCAAUGGCUAAAAUUGUUGAUGGUGAAAAUGAACCACCAAUUGUUAACAUGGGUGAUAUGGGACCAGUUAGAUGUGUUCGUUGUAAAGCAUAUAUGUGUCCAUUUAUGCAAUUUAUUGAUGCUGGAAGAAGAUUUCAAUGUUUAUUUUGUCAUGCAACAACUGAAGUACCAAGUGAAUAUUUUCAACAUCUUGAUCAUACUGGACAACGCAUGGAUCGCUAUGAAAGACCAGAAUUAAUGCUUGGUACAUAUGAAUUUAUUGCAACAAAAGAUUACUGCCGUAAUAAUACAAUUCCGAAACCACCAGUCUUUAUUUUUGUAAUUGAUGUGUCAUACAAUAAUAUUAAAUCAGGAUUAAUUAAUUUAAUUUGCAGUGAAAUGAAAAAUAUAUUGAAAAAUUUACCAAAAGAUACAAGUCAGGAUAAAACAAAAAUGAAAGUUGGUUUCAUAACAUACUCAAAUACAGUACAUUUUUAUAAUAUUAACUCAAAUUUAACACAACCCCAAAUGAUGGUUGUUGGUGAUGUACACGAAAUAUUUAUGCCAUUAUUAGAUGGAUUUUUAUGUGAUGCUAACGAAAGCGGAGCAGUUAUUGACAGUUUAAUGACACAAAUACCAUCAAUGUUUGCUGAUACACGUGAAACUGAAACAAUACUUGCGCCAGCAAUACAAGCUGGUAUUGAAGCAUUAAAAGCAUCUGGUUGUCCUGGUAAAUUAAUUGUAUUACAUUCAUCAUUACCAAUUGCUGAAGCACCAGGUAAAUUAAAAAAUCGUGAUGAUAGAAAGUUACUUGGUACUGAUAAAGAAAAAACAAUAUUAGCACCCCAAAAUAACAUAUAUAAUAAUUUAGGACAAGAUUGUGUUAAUGUUGGUUGUUCAGUUGAUUUAUAUUUAUUUAAUAAUUCAUAUAUUGAUAUUGCAACAAUUGGACAAGUAUGCCGUCUAUCUGGCGGUGAAGUAUUUAAAUAUACAUAUUUUCAAGCUGAUACUGAUGGUGAUAGAUUAAUAACAGAUAUAAUUAAUAAUAUAUCACGCCCAAUUGCAUUUGAUUCAGUUAUGAGAGUUAGAACAUCAACUGGUGUUAGACCAACUGACUUUUAUGGUCAUUUUUAUAUGUCAAAUACGACUGACAUGGAAAUAGCAUCAAUUGAUUGUAAUAAAGCUAUUGGAGUUGAGAUAAAACAUGAUGAUAAAUUAAAUGAUGAUGAUGGUGUUUAUAUACAAGUUGCUUUACUUUAUACAUCAUGUAGUGGAAUUAGACGUCUUAGAAUUAUUAAUUUAAGUCUCAAGACAUCAUCACAAAUGGCUGAAUUAUAUCGUACAUGUGAUCCAGAUGCAAUUAUUAAUUUUUUUUCAAAACAAUGUGUAUUUGAAUUAUCUAAAAGUACACCUAAAUUAAUAAAAGAUAAUUUAAUAACAAAAUGCGCAACAAUAUUAGGCGCAUAUAGAAAACAUUGUGCUUUACCAUUUAGUGCAAGUAGACUUGUAUUACCAGAGUGUAUGAAAUUAUUACCACUUUAUGUUAAUUGUUUACUAAAGAGUGAUGCAUUAUCUGGUGGUUCUGACAUGACUGUUGAUGAUAGAUCAUAUAUUAUGAUGGUUGUUUCAACAAUGCCUGUUUAUACAUCUGUUAUUUAUUUUUAUCCAAGAUUACUACCACUUCAUGAUAUCAACAUUAAUGAUGAUGAUCUUCCACAACAACUCAGAUGCUCAAUUGAUAAAUUUAUUGAUGAUGGUGCAUUUUUACUUGAGAAUGGAAUCCACAUGUUUUUUUGGCUGGGUCUGGGACUUUCUGCUGAAUGGAUUCAAGCUGUUUUUGGUUCCCCUGUUGCGGACACUGAUCGUACCUCAUUACCUGUUAUUGAUAAUCCCCUUAAUAAGCGUGUCAGAGAUAUUAUUGCACAAGUACGCGCUGAAAGACAUCACUGUAUGAGAUUGACUAUCGUACGACAGAGAGAUAAAUUGGAAAUGGUACUUCGCCAUUUUCUUGUUGAAGACAGGGGUAACGAUGGUAGUCCUGGUUACGUUGAUUUUCUCUGUCACAUGCAUAAAGAAAUCAAGGCACUUCUCAAUCAAUAAAACUCGUAAAUAAUUGAUUGGCUAUUACUAUUGUCUCAAUGAUAAAGAGUUAUGAGAUACAUGUAUUCAUGCCUUGGUAGUUAUCGGGAAAUAAUAAAAAGCUUAAGAAAUUGAAUAACAUAAGUGAUAAUAAUAAAAUUACAAUACUAAUAAAUAAUUCAUGAGAAUAAAUAACGGAUUAAAUUUUAAAUGAAAGGGGAAUUUUAUUGAUGACCAUGAAAAAUAUAUAUUUAUGUAUAUCACAUUAUCCUAGUGAUUCACAGCUAUAAUCAAUAAUAAUUUUGGGUAUUUUUUGGU